AUGUCGGGCUUCUACCCAGUGGGCAACACACCUCCUGUUGAUGUGUUGGAAGCUAUACCGCCUGGCCAGGACGCCGCGGUGUUGCUACUCGGCUGCGGUGAUGCUCGAAACCUGCUCUUCUCGCUAUACUCCCGACCCUCAUCAGCUCGAAAUAUCCUCCUUUACACACUCCUCAUCGACGAUGUGGACGGCGCGGACACCAGUCGAAUCUGGAACAUCUACUAUCACUGGAAGUUGGAUCAAGACUCGCUGCACCUGUUACAGAAGCAAGCGCGGAAGUUAGUGGACAUGGGCACAACAAUCGAGAAUUGGCGUCAACAGACAUACGGCCAGGGGCUUCGUUUCUGCGAUCAAGGAAGCUUUGAUCGUGCGGUCAAGUUGUGGAAAUGGUACGCCCUUGAUGACACGGACGGAUCUGCUUUCGAGGAACAGCAAAAGCGAUUGAAACACACCGCCUGUAAAGCCGUAAACUCCCAUCGACGACUUAUGGGAGGAGGUUUCAAUAUCUCGACUCUUCGUUCGGCGGCCCCAUGCUCAGAAUUGGUUUUGGACGAUAUGGUAUCGCUUCUGCACGACUACUGGGUGACGGGGGUGGCUUGCGGUGAUGCCAAACUCACGGGCGAAUCCAAAUGCCUGAACCCAACAUUUUCGACUAUGCAUGGUAUUUCCUUGGUCUAUGCAUCGAUGGAACCCCUACAAUCCUUCCACUUGGCCACUGCAUACGCUCCACUCAAGGGAGAUUCUCCCCUCGAUCCCAAGUCAUCGGCAUCAGUCGAUAUCAAGCGUCCAGCCCAAGCUGCAGCAAGACAGUUCCAAGCAUGGGCCGAAACCUUUCGACGAGUCAAAGAUCGCCUGAAGAUACGGUUCACAGCUUCUGAUGCUGGAACAUUCUGCCACGUGUUACAACAUCAUGCCGCCCACAAGAACAGCGAGGGUGCCUUUCAAUAUCGAGAUAGGCUGCUGUACGAACAACUUGUCCUUGACCCCGUGGAAUACGAUUCGAGCUCAUCUGGUCAGCACAAGUUCGACGUGAUUGAAACAUCCAAUCUUGUCGAUCAUUUGGGUUCCUUGAACAUCCUAGCAGCCUGCAGACCUCUGCUCAAACCCGGAAUAACCUCCACCAUCUACAUGGAACUUUUGCAACUGCGCGACCAGAGUCUCGAAGAUUAUACUCGAGGGCUAUUGUGUGGCGAGAUCGUUACUGUAUCGCUACUCUUCGGCCUCAGCCCCAUCCAAUACUGGACGAACACAACGGGCCUUUCGCAUUACCCGGAGUCUAUGGCGAGGUCUACCGAAGCCGGUGAAGGCGGUCAAGCUCGCUUCGUCAUUGCGUGGAAGAACGUCAAUGUCGCGAGGCUCAGAUUUGAUUCCGACCACCUUGCUCGUUUUGUGUUUAAAAUGUGUUUGCGCAUGUUUGAACACGAGUCCUCAGGGACUCAAACAUCAAACACGGCCGCCAACAGAUUAGCACUAAUUCAGUUCCCACAGUACACACGCUCUGUUCUGGCCACGAUUUUGGGUUUGAUAAAAGGCGCCAACUUUGUCGAUUUCCCAGUCUUUAUGGAGCGUCUUCGCGUCUCGUUGCACAACGACUCGACCCAUACCGCGAUGAACUCACAGUAUACAGAGUCAUUGGAUCUCUCCCUGCAGGAGCUUCGGGUGUGCACUAUAACCACGGACAGCGACAACAAUGAGAAUGCCGAAACCAUGACACUGAGUCCCUGCCGGAGCUGGCUCGAAAAUUCAUCAGCCGCUUGCCUCACCGUUGCUGUUCCGCAUGCGAGCUGGGCGCCAUUCAUAUUUACCGGCAAGCCAAAUGCAUGGCCACUCUUCGAACUUUCUGUACGGCUUCCCAGUACCGGUCGCGAAUCUCGUUUUGGGGAUGUGCAGAUUGGGUUUGGCGUUGUCCGAACGUCAGGAACUAAAGGCACAUCGAGUUAUGCGGUGGAUAUGGAGACGGACGAGCAGGGGGCCGAGGGAUGCUGCCCAUUGAUUGUUUCGGCGCUUGUACCUUCAUGCAUGUUGGUCGAUCUCAAUCACUCGACGGUGGCCGUUCAGUUCAUUGCCAAGGUCCACGGGGACUCUCAGGCCAUAGCGGCCAUGGAAAGCAUCCUCACUGGUCGCCCUGUCAGGUCCAUCGAGGCCUAUCGGGCCACUUUGAGUGACCAGAGUGUUUUCAUCACAGAAAACCCCCCAAAUUUGAAAGGACGAAUGCCAUGUCCGUCUCUUCCUGGCGAGCCCAUGUGGCAACAUGCGGCAGAGACCGGUACCGGAAAUGUGACGCUCCACAUGAUAUUUGAUGGGGAGGCAACAAGGGCGAAGAAACUCAAUCUGCAUAUCGACCUGACCUCCACAGAUGCAGAGGCUCUGCUUCAGUCAAAUGGCGAUGUCGAGUUCAAGCAGUUGUCUGCUUUCAACCUCGAGCUCAACAUCAGCUCAGGUUCACUGGCGUAUCGUCAGCGGGUUCGACUACCAGUUGCGUUGAUCACGUCCGGUUCCAGGACGAGGAUUGCUCGAAAAUCCUUGUAUGUUGAGUUCAUUGCACGAAUCGCAGCUCCAGAUGCUCUGUCGAACCAUCCUGGUACUCUCUAUCCGAUGACUCUUGUUUGCGGCAAACCAAUCCUCGAGAAUCUGGGGUAUCUACAUUUGGAGCAUCUUCCCAUCGUGGAUACUUCAGAUGCUUCCAAACUCAUCUGGAUGGAACACUAUUUAUCCUCAAUGCUUUCAAUGAAAGAAAAGGAGAUGAUGCGCAGACAUACCGGACCAAAUGGUUUGUCUGAUAACUUACGUCUUAAGUUCAAGCAGAUGCUUCUACAUAUAUUCAGCCGUUACCCUGGGCUGGGUGGCAAGAAGCCCCUGAGUACGUUUAACGUGCUGUACGAUGGAGAAAAAGUCCCGCUCAUGACGGUUGUGAUUUCGUCGCUACGGCUGGAUCUGGCAAAUCUCAGCAUUGUUCUGGACGCUGCAAUGCUACCUUCAACAGCAGAGCUUGGAACUCGCAAGGCACAAAAGAUCCUUGCUCAGAUCCAGAAGGCUGGCACUACGUACGAAGUUGAUAGUACGACCCGCACACUUUGGGAGAAUGCCGUAGCAGCUUUUGUCGAGCGCUGUCGUGAUUGGGAGCACACUGCAAUGUGUGAAUACGCAGCACAGGGUACCUCUACCGUGCCUACUCCGAAGGUCGACGGGAACAUAGUCUGCUCGUGCGGGUUGGGGAAGUUUCCACAGGGUUACAAGCCAGACGUGCCUGGAUGGACACAUCUGGCAAAGCACUGUGUUCGCAUGGCCAUUUCUCCUAGUUUCUCUGUACCUAUGGUGGAGAAGGUCAUCGAAGAGAUUCAUCCAUGGAGCACGGCCUAA